AUGGUGGUGUGUUCGCGGAGGCGACACUUGCCGCACACGCCCCCCCACCCCGCAGGCUCUGACGGCUCUCUAUCCCCUAAAAUGCCCGAUUCGGUGCCACCUCCUCGCAAACGCCGUCAUCCCUCGCCAUUUCAAGGAGUCGCCUUACCUACCGCCGCCGCCGCCGCCGCCGCCGCCAGUGGGAUUCUGACCGCGCGCAGGAUUUCUGCGGGGGGCGGCAGCUGUGGAUCCGUAAGGUCCUCACAUUCUGGUUUCCGAGGUUCCGCAGCCCGAGCCAAUCACAAGCUACUCUGCGUCUGGGAGGCGCGCCGCCUCGUCCUCCUUUAUAUCGCUGCUGACAUGCUGAGGCUGCAUUACGUCACACUACCAAUGCUGCAGGGUAGGGGGCCGGAGGGGGAGCGCGCGCAGGCGCGCCCGCAGGAGGUCGAGAAGCCCGCGCUGGGUUCGUGCUUAGAGACCCCGAGGACUUGCAGUGGGGGUUGCGGCGCCGGAGACAGAAGAGAAGACAAAGACCCACACAAAGGAGAAGGUGAUAGGAAGAUGGAGGCAGAUACUAGAGUGCUGUGGCCACAAGCCAAGGAAUACCAAUGUUAUAAGAACCUGGAAGAAAGAGAGACUGAGGAAACAUGUUCAUGAACAUUUAAAAAUUCCAUUUUAAAAC